UUGCUCGCUGGCUUCUCCGUUACGCCUGCUCCCUUUCUUUUUUUGACUUUGUCCAAUGCCUCACUCCUUCCUUGCUUUUUGCGAUCCAAACCGACGAAGACGGCGACUAAUUUUCCAAACUUGACGCGACGCCUUUCAUUUCCUCUCUCCAACCUCGAUGCUAUUUCGUUGCCAUCGUCUACUACCGACCAACAGGUAGUCCUCCGACUCUCUUCGCUCAUCGGGCCCCGAUAACCCCGGCGCCAUGAACGCGAUCCAGCAAAAAUGUCGACCGAAGCACCAAGUGCUGGUCCUCAAGUGUUACCCAAGGACAAACAAGGGCGCUGUUGAUGUCAAGCCGAAUUCUAGCGAACUGAGCUACCUGCUAUUUUACGCUACCUCCCGCCGUUCCAAGAUUCAGAAGAUUGGCGCCUUCUUGGAGAAGAAGACGGCAAGCGAUGUCUGGCGGCAGCGCAUCGGAAAUGUGCAAGUCACCCUUCGAAUCCUCACGGCACUGAUCGAAAAGGCUCCCAAGGACCUGCCGCUCGUAGCUCCCAAUGUGCUCAAAAUCCUCGACCUCAUCCUCGGAUCCAAGGACAUCACCAUGGUCGAAUCCUCCAUCCCCACCUUUGAGGCGUUUUGCGAAAACCACGAUGCCUCGUCCUCCUUUGCAGACCAAGCUUAUCUCGCCCAGUACGAAUCGAUCGUUCGCACCUACGCUUCGCUUGCCUCGACCCGCGAAAACCCUGGGAAAGGAGCUUCCAGCAAGCCUGUGCUGAUGCGAUGGAGGAACGCUGGCCUUGAAGCAAUCAGGAGUGUUUCCUCUUCGGAAGCUCUAUCGACUGUCACUGGCCGCCAGUUCGACGUGAUCGUUCCCGUCAUUUUGGACAACUUAUGGUGGGAUGACGACGAGCUGCUCGACACGCUGCUGUCGCGCAUACAGAUGGAAGAAAAAGUGCAGGCAGAGAAGCUUCGCCGUAGGACGAGCGUCGCGACUGUGGAAACCAGCGACACCGGCGACGCAAACCCCAUCGCUCUUACAGGCACUGCUCACGAUGUUGACAGGCUGGCGGAAGAGGACGUUGGUGUGCUUGCCAUGCAGUGCCUGAAGCAGAUCUUUGUAGCGCCAAACCGACCACAGAUUCAUUCCGCGACUGGUGCUCUUAUUCAAUUCAUCGAGGAUCGCGUCGCAAACGGAAACACAGUCGUCAAGCCGGACGAGAAGCUAGGCCAGGAUCAUGGGUGGGCAAUAAGCAUGUACAGCGCAAUCGCGAGAUGGGCGCCUGUACAGGACCGCUAUGUCAUUCUGGUGACGGCAAUGGAUCAUCUGUCGAAAGCACCCGUCAAGGACGACAACCUCAAGCUUCAUCUAUCGCUGACGGCCAUGAUUGGGUCUCUGCUGCGCUCCGACGUCAACUUGAUUGGGCUGAGCGCCAUGGACGUCUUGCUCGGUCUUGUCCAGCACAUGAAGAAGCUCAUUCAGCUACCAGGAGGCUUUGGGAGAACUGAAGGAGAGCCCGAAGAAGUAGUCUCUACUCUUCAAGGGUCUGGUGAUGUAUUCGCCCAGCGAAGAGAACUCCUCGAGCGAAUUCAACUUUGCAUUGGAGACCUGGCGACACACGUCUACUACGCGGACCAGAUUUCGGACAUGAUUUCGACGAUUCUUCUCCGACUAAAGCCGUCCAAAUCCUCGAGUACCAGCUCGUCGCCCCAAGCCGAAGCCUCUGAGCAGCCUUCCUCCGAUGAGAUGACUGCCAGCCAACCUCAGCUGGAAACGUACCUCUCCCGUAACGUUGGCAAGACCGCUGCCUUGAAGGCCAUCAAGAACAUACUCCUCGUUGCAAACCCGCGCGCACAGAUGUCCGGCAACUUGAACCUGUCGAGAAACAAGGUUCCUCUUCAAGUUUGGGAGAACACGCACUGGCUUCUGCGGGAUCCAGAUGGCGAGGUCAGAAAAGCCUACGCCGAUGCGCUUCUGACCUGGCUAGACCGCGAAACAACAGCAGCGGAUUGGAAGGCGCGGGACGAAAGCUCUCAACAUCACAGGUCUUCUCUGAAGAACAGCCGCGAGCUUCAACCAGCCAAUGUUGCUCAACGAGCCGCAUCAAACGCGUCCAACCGCGAGAAGCCAUCGAGGCACCGCUCACACUUUCUCCAACUUCUCCACAUUGCGAUCUACGACAACGCGCUGCAAUAUGUCGACUAUGACCCGGAUAUCGUUCUUCUUCACGUGUUGCUAACGAAGCUGGUGUCCCAGCUGGGUGUUAACGCAGUCCAGUAUGGAUUGCCAAUGGUAUUCCGCCUUCAGGAGGACAUUCCAGACGCUGAGCUGCCAGUUCAGAAGGUUCGCCUGGGCAGUCUUUGCCACGGAUAUUUCUGGGCCGUGACCGAGAAGUUCGACAUUGAGAACUCUGCCGUGGGACGUGCCAUCACCAAUGAGGUCAUUCGAAGACGCAGCAAGCAUUUCUGGACUGAGGGCGUGGCUAUCCCUCCGCCAGCUCUAGAGCUCCUCGGAACGCCUGGAGUUCCCAAGUUGCAGACCAAGCUGCCCGCCACAGAGGUUGAGAGUGAAGCGUUGCUGCCAUUCGACGACCGCGCAUCGUUUGUAGAGAGCAUCGCUGUGAGCUAUGCGGACACGAGUAUCUCACCGCCGAGUAGUCCUCCUCAAUCUCCUGGUCGGAACUUUUCGCAUCCCAUUCUUAGCACCUCCAUUUCAACAACGCCCGCGUCGCCCGGUUCGGAGCUGCCAACGGCUUUCCGCGAGCACAUGCUGACAGACUGGUCAAGAGAUGCAGCUAUGCUAGCCUUGCAGGCGGGAAGCAAGUCAGAGUCGCUAGCUGGAUCGAAAAGCGGCACUAUGGGAACCAACAGACACCACCUGACUGUUAAUGGCGUUAACGGGCAUGGACAAACGGGAGAGUCUUCACCGCUUGGCAGCCAGCGAAACCUUCGUCCGAACUCAUCCCAGGUUGCCGGGGGCUUGUCUCCCAUGAGCAAGCUGCGAAAAUCCAGUGUCCGAAGUGGCGUUUCGCCCUCACCGUCGGAUUCGAGCCGAGGUGUAGUUACAUCCAUUGAUCAACUCAAGAUGGUCUUGACGGGCCAGGUGCCGGCGACACCCAUUGGCACGUCAGCGGGCGUGCGCCAUGACAGUGACAGCGACAGCAUGGUCAGCUACGACUUUACCCCGUCAGAGCUCAGCUUCAACCCGGCAACAUCUCAGCCAGAAAACGGCGAUGGAGCCUCUCUUGGACGGCAGAGGUCUUCAUCGGCAUCACGCAAGGGUGGGCCGCUCAACUCCAACCCUUUGUACGAGCAUAACGAAGACGAGGACGUUCCACCGGUGCCGCCAUUGCCCGGUCACAUUGGUGGGCUGACGUCCUCGGUUUCUGUUCAGGAUUACGCAGUAAAGCCGGCGAAACGAGUACUUAGCAGCCGCGGUGGUGACAGUUUAUACCAGGGCUCCACGAGAGGAGAUGGUAACAUGUCAACGGUGUCGGGAGGAGGGAUGGAUCUACACGACCUUCUUAAUGGAAUUGACAGCAGAGCUGGAGAGCUCAGUUUAGGGAACGUCACGAAGCCGCCUUACUAAUGGAUAUGGGCGAGGGAUUCAAAAAAUUUUGUAUUGGUACAACUUGGCGUAGACGUAUAGCGAGGCGCGUAGCCGAGUUCUGACAGUUUAAG